ACAUUUCUUGUUGCAUUCGUUGACUGUUAUGACUUUCAAAACAAAUGGACGUUUUAUGCAUGCGCUUUUGAUUGUUCGGGAAUGUUUUCCAUCAUCAAUAACGUUUCCUCAAACGCUUUGCACUCUUUCAUACAAUAGGGUUGCGUGAAAAAGACAACAUACUUAUACAAUGGCAUCUGGAAGCGAUAAGGAUGCUCCGAAAGAAGGGAAUUUCAGGAUUCCUGGGCUGAGAGGAGCGAAGACCACUACACUUUUCCGAGCUGUUAACCCUGAGCUCUUCAUUAAACCAAACAAGCCUGUGAUGGCCUUUGGACUUAUAACUAUCACCUUGUGUGUGGGCUACCUGGGCUACCUUCACGCCACCAAAGAUAACGACCAGCAGCUGUAUGAAGCUAUUGACAGUGAAGGGGAGAAGAACAUGAGGAGGAAAACCUCGAAAUGGGACUGAUCACAUCAGAUAUGCUAUAUAUCCUGAACAUUAUUGUGGGAAAUGGCAUGGGCUGAAAGCACUGGAUCUGUGUAUAAAAUCAUUGUGGUUAUUAAAUAUUGUUAAAAUUA